UGUCUUGGCACGCCUAUGUGGUAAGACAACCAAAGUCCGAAGUUCAGCGCAGACCACACCACACACCUGAGGUCCCUGCUCCUUCAAGCAGCACAGAAAACUUCACUGCCAGUGGCGCUGGAUGGCACAGCAUGGCAGCCAGUAAAUCAGCCUCAGAGACGGCACGUCGCACCAGGCUCACCAAGACACAGGACAAAGCCUGGGAGAAAGUCACACCGUCCAGCUCAGAGCCAUGGAAUAAACCAACACUCAGUGAAAUCCAGGACAAAGCCUGGGAGAAAGUCACACCGUCCAGCUCAGAGCCAUGGAAUAAACCAACACUCAAUGAUGUCCAGAAAAGGGAUUUGCAGAAGCAGUCAAGCAGUUAUAAAUCUUUGGAGGAAUACUCUGCCAGCAAGCCUCAUUUGAAGGAUUUGCAGUCACUGACAGAGUGUUUUGAGUUCAUUAAGGAACUGGAAGUGGAGGUGAAGGAAAUCUUUCAGAUGAAGUAUGGCAGUAAGAGGGAGGAACCAGAAGGAGGCGCUACAAAGCCAAGAAGCCUGGAGGGAAGCAGGAGACUGAUUGUCCGCUGGGCCAAGAAGCUGGAGCAGAUGAACACGGUGAAAAAGGAAACCAAAGUAACAGAGGAGAAGACAGGAGGAGCGGUGGAUCCAGAAGGGACAGAGAAAAGUCUGGAAAAACAGAAUGAGAGACUUCUACAGUGGGCAGUUGAGCUGAGGAAUGUCAAAGAGGCUAAUGGUCUGUCGGACGAGGAGCUGAGGGAGCUGCUGUGUCCCAGAGGAGUGAAGGAGUCCAGGCUGACGGCCAUUCUCCCCCUGCUGGAGUUUGUGGCCUGGUCGCUGCUGUCCCAGGACACGGAGGAGGAUAUCUGCAAGAUGUGGCUGCCAACCAAACAGAAGGCCUGGAAGACUGGAACUAGAAGCCCCAGAUACAUCCCUAAUUCAGUGUGGCAGUGGAUUCAAAGUGCCUCAGUCUCUGUGCAGCUGGAUCCCAGCAGCAGUCACCCCUGGCUGGUGGUUUCUGCAGACCGGCUGCAGGUGCAGGAGGCGGCCCGGCUCCAGCACUCCGCCGACAGCAGCCAGCGCUUCACCGGGUGGUCCUGUGUCCUGGGGGACAGGGUCAUCACUGCGGGGAGACACUACUGGGAGGUGGACGUGUCCCACAGUGGCAGGUGGAGGCUGGGUGUCACCUCAGUAUCUGCUCGCAGGAAGCAAAAGGUCCCCAUGUCACCCAGUACAGGAUACUGGAUCCUGUGGCAGGACUCCAGACUGUGGGCCUGUACCGAGGACCCCACCGAGCUGCCGGGGGUGGCUGCGCCUCGCCUGGUCGGGGUGUACGUCGACUUUGACGAGGGGCAGGUGUCCUUUUACAACGUCGACAGCAGAGCUCACAUUUACACUUUCUCUCACACGUUCCGACACAGCCUGCUCCCAGUGUUUGGCUGUAUGGACGGAGACACUGUCCUGAAAAUCAUACCUGCAGAGGUGUCCGUCUCUGCUCCUCUUGUCUGAAUGUAUGAAUCCUGGAGUUUAUUGGACCAUAUUCACACGUUGGCCAUUUUCCUCUAAUGUUAUGCUUAGGGUGGGAAGCUUAAAGUCUCCAAUCACGUUGCACUGCUGUGAAUGCUAAUGUUAUCUGUUGUCUAAUGACAGCUCAUGGAUGAUCAAACAUGUUGUUUUACCUUGAAACAUGAUCCGAUGUCCGUCUGAUUUUCAGUAUGCAUUAUUUUCUCAGUUGCUGAUCAUUGAGGAAGCAUUGAAAUGAUAAUGUUUUGUCAGAUUCCCUACAUUUAUAAUCGAUGCAGCCUGAAACACAGCAUGAGCACAGCAGUACACCAUGAUUACAGCGUUUGAACUUCCCACACUGAGCGUGACCUCAGUGGAAAAUGGCCACCGUGUGAAUAAAAAUCAGCUACAUCCUAUCAUGAGGAGGAGUUUGGGUCAACGAGCUCCUGAGUUCAAACUACUGUGUACAAAAAAAAUCAUGAAAUCAGCAAUGUUAUAAAAAAUUACAAUAAAAUAUACUAAAUUGGGUCAUGUGCAAAAAGAAAAUGCCACUGAUUUGGGUUUAUUCCAAAUGGUGUUGAAUCACUUGCCUGUAAGUUUGUGUAUAGACUUGACAGAUUGGCUGGGAGAGUUGAGGCGAUGCAUCACACACUCUUUGAUUUGUAUUUCAUGUCUUUGUAAAGUCCUCAUAUGAAGGUAGACUCUGUAUACAUGCAACAUGUUGAAUAUGAAUCACCCCAUUCACUCCAUCAAUGUAAAUCUUUCAUCCUCACUCAUUUUGGGUAUCAGUUUACUUCCUGCAGUAUUGUAUUGUUCUGUUUUUGCAAUGUAGCACUUGACACUUUAGGUCAUGUU